AUGCCUUUUGUACUACGUCUCUCUUCGUUCUUCUUGUCGUUUUUCGCCAGCAUCGCCGUUGCCAACGAUGUCAACGCCGGGUUCAACGCCUACAUGGCAGCCCAGGUCAUGGUCGACCGGGCCUCUCAUUCAUGGGAAUGGGGCACCGCCGCGGAAGCUUUGCUAGAGCUCUAUAACCCAGAGCUGUCCGUAUUUGGACCCGAGCCCUUCCCUGGAGGCAAGAUUCCCAACGCGGACCCGUCAACGUUCGCCCUGAGAUAUGCGAGGCGGCACAUCAACCGAAACUCGCAGAUUCUAGUCAGCGACACCGCUGUGGGUGAUCCCGCUUCCCUUGGGGUUUCGGCUAUCCUACUGGGACAGUCGGAGAAUGUAUACCUCGGCGCCUCUAAGCGGCAGGCUGAGUACCUAUUGAACUCGGCCCCGCGUUGGAGCAACGGCGCCAUUUCACACAGGUCGGAGGAAGCUGAGUUGUGGAUUGACAAUAUGGCCAUGUCCUUCCCUUUCCUUGCAAAUCAGGCCGUCCAAGACGACGACGCCUCUCUGAUGGCAGAGACUGUGCGUCAGUGUGGGCUAUAUCGAGACGUGCUUCAACCAAGCGGGACCUUGAACUGGCGUCACAUUGUCGGCCCCAUGUCCCCAGACCAUGGGCUCUGGUCAACAGGCAAUGGCUGGGCAGGCUACGGCAUGGUGCGCGUGCUCCACACGCUGCAGAAGUGGCCCAGGUCCGCCUCGAUGUCGUGGCAGGCUCAACAGCUCAAAACUUGGAUCAAAGAGAUUGUCGACGGCGCAAUGCUCUCCGGGUUUGAUGGUGGCCUGCUGCGCAACUACCUCAACGACAACAGCUGGUUCGGCGAGAUUUCCGGCACAGCAAUGCUGUCGGCUGUGGCGUAUCGGAUGGCCGUCAACGACCGAGCCAUGUUUCCCCAGCGGUAUAUCACCUGGGCGGACACCAACCGCAAAGCGCUCUCUGUGCGACAGGGUCGUGACGGUGUCUUCGUCCCGGCGGUCAACCCUUAUGCGUGGCUCGACAGAAAACCAUACUACGACGGAUCAUCCGAGGGCCAGGCAUUCGCAGUACAUCUCUAUACAGCCUACCGAGAUUGUGUCAAUGCCAAAGUGUGCGCAGAACCACCAUCAUCAGCGGCCACCGUCUCUAAGCAGGGUCUUGGGCCCAGAAACAUCGUGACCAUAUUGACCAGCCCCGUCACCUUCACCGCCAUACCGGACCCAACAGGCACCGUCUGUGCUGCGCCUCAGAGCUGUGACGACAGCGACUGCAACGGCGCUUUUGACGGCCUCUCCAAGUUUCCCACAUGUACUGGCAACUUUGAGGGUUGCGAGUGUACUGUCACGCCCGAGAUAUGCGGUCCGCAUCAGCCCUGUGACCGUAACGGCUGCGCCGGGGCGUUCAACGGCCUCGCCAAGUAUCCCACGUGCACUGGCAACUUUGAAGGCUGUGAAUUCACGGCUGAGAUCUGUGGCCCUCAUCAACCCUGCGACCGCAACGGCUGCGCCGGAGCAUUCGACGGUCUCGCCAAGUAUCCCAAGUGCAGUGGCAACUUUGAGGGCUGCGAGUGCACCGUGACGCCGGAAAUAUGUGGUCCGCGCCAGCCGUGCAACCGCAACGGGUGCGAGGGCACCUUUAACUGGUACCAGCCGUACGCCCAGUGUUCCAACAAUUUCAAGGGCUGUGAGUGCUCGCCGACGCCAGAGACGUGCGGUCCUCCGCAGCCCUGCGAUCGUAACAACUGCGACGGGACGUUUUGGGGUAACGUACCCAGCCAGCAGUGUAACAACUUCUUCAACGGCUGCGUCUGCCAGGCGACUUCGAACACUUGUGGUCCGAAGCAGUCCUGUGAUAACAAUGGAUGUGCUGGCGGCUAUGACUCGAACGGCGUGGCUCGAUGCCAGGGCAACUUCCGCGGGUGCGAAUGCAACCCCUCUUCUAGUUGCUUGGCAAACGGCUGUAACGGCAUCUAUAACAACGGCAACCCCAUCUGCGCGGGCAACUACUUCGGAUGCCCUUGCGAGGGCGAUCCAAGAUGGAUCCCCGAGCCUCCUAAGCCGCCACGGCCCGUCGCCCCGCGCAAAGCCGGUUUCAUGAUCACCACGGUGUCGGUGAUGAUUAACAAGAAGGUCAUCGACUCGUAUAAAGUGUUCAACCUUAGAAAUGUCUUACUUCCCGGCGGCAUCUGCGACCAAAGGUUCAUCAGCGGACGUAUUCGGGAACGGCCCGGGCUGUUGGCUCUCUGA